GGAGAAGAGGGCAAAGUGUACGAGAGAGAGAGAGAAAGGGUUUUUGUUCUCAUUUUAGUUUCCGUUUCGGUGCAAAUCCAAAGAGAAACAGAGCAUAUAUAUAUCUCUUUGCUUCCAUAUUUCAGGCUUUCUUUUCUUGUUUGUUUGUUUCGUUGGUGGUGUUGUUGCGGCGGAACCCUAGGAGAGCCCGGCGGGGCGCGCGGUGGCAGAUCUGACGCGAUACACAGUUUAGGAGAGGAUGAGCGGGAAGAACAAUGGCGGUGGUAAGGGCUUGCCGUCGGGGAUUCCUUCCGGGUGCCGGAAAAUGGUUCAGAGUUUGAAGGAGAUAGUCACUAACAUACCCGACCAUGAGAUCUACGCCGCUCUCAAGGACUGCAACAUGGACCCUAACGAAGCCGUUAGUCGCCUCCUCUCCCAAGAUCCUUUUCACGAGGUCAAGAGCAAACGAGAUAAGAAAAAAGAGAGUAAGGAUACAACUGAUUCCAGGCCUCGUGGAACAAGUAAUACAUCUAGUCGAGGCAGCGGGGCAAGGGCCGGGACGGACCGGUAUGUUGGUCGUGGUGCCGCAAAUCAAUACAGUAGCAGUGAUUCCGGUCUAUUGCAGGGGAAACCUGUAACCAAGAAAGAAAAUGGAACCCCUGCUUAUGGCAGCUCAACAUCAUAUGCAUCUAGUGUGUUGGAGAAUAACGUGAGCAGACAAUUGCCAUCCUACAGUGAUUCAGUCAGUGUGAGUGAUGCAUUGUCUUCAUCUUCACAACUUGGUGGAUUUCAAUCUGCCUGGAGGGGGAACCCUGGUCAAAUAUCAAUGGCUGACAUUGUCAAGAUGGGUAGGCCACAGUCCAAGACAAUGCCCAACACUUCUAUCCAUGGUGGUAAUCAUCAGAAUGCUUUUGCUCCUCCAGCAGCUUCGCACAACAAUUUGCAUUCAUUGCAAGGUCAUCCUUCCAAGGCGUCGGAGACAAAUAAUGAUCAGGGUUUUGCGGUUAACCACAAUGUUCAACAGAAUGAUGAAUGGCCAUCUAUUGAGCAUCAACCUGCUAUUUGUGUAUCAUCUGCCGCUGAUGUCCAUGCAAAUGCUGACUACAAUACAAACUCUUCUAACUUUGUGGAAGCUAAUCGGCAAUUGAAGCCACAUGCAAAUGAAUGUGUAACUGAAGAUGGUCCAAUGAGGAACCCAGACAAUGCCGGAUCUGUUUCCUUAUCUGCUAAAAGUUUAUCUGAGGAUAAUCCAGAAAGCGCAUCUGCUUUUGAGAGUAGUCUGUACAAGGACAUAAAUUCCUACCAACCUCAUCAGCAUCCUUUCGAAAACAACGAAGCUGAAGAUGGUGUUUCAUCAGCAGUGACAAACUUAGAGCAGCUUAAUCUGAACAAGGAUGAUGAAGCCAAAGAACAAGAGGAGGACAAUCCUCCACUUCUUAUUCCAAAUCACCUCCAAAUACAUACCCCAGAGUGCUUUAGUCUGAGCUUUGGAAGUUUUGGAUCUGGAAAGAACGCUGGCAUCAAAGGAUCUGGGCCAUAUUCAUCCCAGCCACUGGAAAGUAACUUGGAGGAUACAUCUGGAACAAUAGAUGUUUCAACAAUCGGGUCCUCAGAUGUUAGAAACCCUGACUAUUAUGGGGAUGAACAUCUUGAUACUACCUCGGAUGGAAAUUUAGCUCACAGGGCUGGUGUGGAUGCUGGGUCCUAUGAACAUUCUUCUGGUUCACAACCCGAGGCUUUGAAAUCUGAACCUCCUGAAACAUCUCACGAAAAUCAAUAUUCAUUUCAUUCGUCUUCACACGAGUUUAAUUAUGAAAAUGCUCAACCCCAAGAUGAUGCAUUUUCCCAUUCACAGACCAGCUCUCAAAUGCAGAAUCUGUCUCCUUUCUCUAGUGUAAUGCAGGGAUAUACGAAUUCUUUGCCCAGUUCUCUGUUGGCAUCAACGGUUCAAACAGCAAGGGAGGAUAUCCCAUAUUCACCCUUCCCUGCAACACAAUCAUUGCCUGCAAAGUAUAGCAACAUUGCUUCGUCAAUUGGUGGUCCCACUAUUACCAUGUCUGAGGCUCUAAGAGCAAACAGUAUAUCUGCAGCUCAACCAAAUCCGCAGGCACUGCCUGCCAGUGUUGCCACUGCACCUGCACUUCCUCAACACCUUGCUGUGCAUCCUUACUCCCAACCUACUCUUCCUCUGGGACAUUUUGCCAAUAUGAUUGGCUAUCCAUUCAUGCCUCAGAGCUAUACCUACAUGCCAUCGGCAUUUCAACAGGCCUUUGCUGGAAAUAACACAUAUCACCAAUCUUUGGCAGCUGUGCUUCCACAGUAUAAAAAUAGUAUUUCUGUUAGCAGCUUGCCUCAAUCUGCUGCUGUUCCAUCUGGAUAUGGUUUCGGAAGUUCAACAAGCAUUCCUGGAGGAAACUUCCCUUUGAAUCCACCUGCUGCCCCUACCAGUACAACCAUUGGAUAUGAUGAUGUAUUAAACUCCCAAUACAAAGACAACAAUCAUAUGAUUUCACUACAGCAGAAUGAGAAUUCUCCCAUGUGGGUACAAGGGCCUGGAUCAAGAACGAUGUCUGCCGUUCCACCCAGCACAUACUACAACUUCCAGGGACAGAAUCACCAACAAGGUGGAUUCCGGCAAAGCCAGCAACCAUCGCAGCAUUUUGGACCCCCCGGAUACCCUAACUUCUACCAACAAGGCAUGUCCCUGGAACAUCAGCAGCAGAACCCUAGGGAAGCAUCCCUUGGUGGUUCUCAGAGCCAGCCAUCAAAGCAGUCCCAACAAUUAUGGCAGAACAGCUACUAAUCUUAGUCACUUCCCGGUUUUGAAGGGUCUUUGAUGUGAGUUUGAUGAAAAGUGAUGACCAAUCAGAGGCAUUUCCGCGGUCUAAUAAUAAUAUUAUAUGUACCAUUAUUUUGGUCUUCUGAAAGGGACCGUGAUGUGGCUGCCGCCCUGUGCGACGAGAUUGUAUUCUACAUAAUUAUGUUCCCUCAUGUUUAACGUAGGUACUCUGUGCUAAUUCCGUACGAUACUCUUUCUUUUACAUUGUUCUCAUCCGGUUAUAGUGGAAAAGUUUCGUUCGUGGAUGUUACCUC